GUCGAAUUUGCUUCACCCUUUAAUUAACAUGCAUCGGUAUAUUUUAUUCCAUUCAGUUCAAUAUUUAUAAAUAUGAUUCCAUUAGAUGUAGGGUCUAAAGGUCAUAUUCCAUUGGCUGUCUAUUUGCGAUUUGCGAUCAAAUCAAGCUCGUUCGGUAGCGGGGUCGCAGAGGGUUCAAUGGUGAGGCGAGGAUUGAAAUGAUCUGUGCGCUGUUCCUCGAUUAACCAAAUAUUGAACUUUAAAUGUGUAGAUAAGAGGAAAACAGUCCAGGCCUAUCUCUCGUUCAAAUUUUUAGUGUAAAUUUAGAAAAAUGGCUGCACCAACUAGAAUAUUAAGCCGUGUGUUGGCUGAUGGAAUUAAGGUCGGCCAGUCCAUCAGGUUUAACAGUUACGAAAGCACAAGGAAAAAUUUAAAAUUGACCGCUCAAUCCAAAGUUAUUUGCCAAGGUUUCACCGGAAAACAAGGGACUUUUCACAGUAAACAAGCCAUCGAAUAUGGAACUCGAAUGGUCGGUGGCGUUUCACCGGGAAAGGGUGGAAAAACACACUUAGAUCUGCCCGUCUUUAAUUCUGUUAAAGAGGCUCGCGACGCUACUGGUGCAGACGCCACUGUCAUUUACGUACCUCCUCCGGGGGCUGCAGCAGCCAUAACCGAAGCCAUCGAUGCCGAAAUUCCUCUGAUCGUUUGCAUAACUGAGGGCAUUCCUCAGCAUGACAUGGUCAGAGUCAAACACAAGCUUCUUCGCCAAAGUAAAUCGAGACUAAUCGGACCGAACUGUCCGGGAAUCAUUGCUCCUGAGCAAUGCAAGAUAGGAAUAAUGCCCGGUCACAUUCACCAGAAGGGCGUUAUUGGAGUCGUUUCCAGAUCGGGUACGUUGACCUACGAGGCGGUUCACCAGACCACCCAAGUCGGUCUGGGGCAGACUCUUUGCGUUGGUAUCGGUGGAGAUCCGUUCAACGGAACGGAUUUCAUAGAUUGCCUUGAAGUAUUCAUAAACGAUCCGGAAACCAAAGGUAUCAUUCUGAUUGGAGAAAUCGGAGGCGUGGCUGAAGAACAGGCUGCGGAAUAUCUGAUGAAACACAAUUCUGGUCCUAAUGCUAAGCCUGUAGUAUCCUUCAUUGCCGGUCUGUCUGCUCCUCCGGGACGUCGUAUGGGACAUGCUGGUGCUAUUAUCUCCGGGGGCAAGGGAGGGGCCCAGGAUAAGAUAAAUGCUUUGGAGAAGGCGGGUGUCAUCGUAACGAAGUCACCUGCUCAAAUGGGUAAUGAAUUGGUUAAAGAGAUGCGUCGUUUAGGGUUAGCUUAAAAAGUCGUAAUGAAACCAGUAAAGGCUGUUUUAUGCGUCAUCUAAUCAUUUUAUUAACUGUUUAGCAUUGGAAAUUUUAACUGAUUUGCCUCACCAGUCCUUCUAUGUGUAUAUUCCAAAUUCCACUUGUUAAUAAAAAUAUUGUAAAG